UUGAAACGUGGAAAGGCAGUUCAACUCACAGCGACACAGAGAGAGUUCCAAGUAGUUGCCGCAGUUGUUGAAGUCCCUUUGUUCGAGUACACCGCAAUAUGAAUCCAAUGAGAAUGCUUAGCCUGCUGGCUUGCUUGGCCGUUGCUGCCAUGGCCAGUCCCAGCUCCGGUCGGACGGCCGGCAAUAGCGUCAACCAGGCGCUGAAGCCAUCGCAAUGGUUAUCCCCCCAGCAGCUGGAGCGUAUAGAAGCUGUCGAUGAUCUAACCUUGGAGCGUUUGGAGAACAUGUCCCUGGAGAAGGGCGCUGAGCUGCUGCAGCAAGUGUAUCACUUGUCGCAGAUCAAUCAUGAUAUCGAGCCUAGCUAUGUGCCCAGCAACGUGCAGGUCUAUGUGCCCAAGCCCAAUGGUGACAAGAUCGUUGCGCCCCUCAGCGAGAUGACCCAGCUUCUGAAGCAGCAACAGAACUUUGGACAGGAUGAGGUGACCAUCAUUGUGACCGGUCUGCCCCAGAACUGUGAUACCGUGAAGAAAGCAAACCGCAAACUUGUCCAGGCAUACAUGCAGCGCUACAAUCUGCAGCAGCAGCAACAACAGGGUCAGAAAUACAACAAGGACUCCGCCGAGGACAACAACCGUCAGCGCACAUCCAGCGAGGAGGACUACACCGAACAAGCCAAGAACGCCAACACCAAAACUGGUGACAUCAUUGUUAUCGACUUGGGAUCAGAGCUGCCCGACUUUAAUAGCAUUGCCAUGUUGGACACUGAGAAAAUCGGCAGCAUUUAUGGCAAGUGGAUUGUUAAGAUGACCCAUGAACUGGAAUUGCCCCAUGAGACCAUCCAUUUGAUUGGCCAAAAUAUUGGCGCACACGUUGCUGGUGCUGCUGCCAAUGAGUUCACCCGUUUGACUGGCCACAAGCUGCGUCGCGUCACCGGUCUGGAUCCCAGCAGCAUUAUUGCCAAGGGCCGUAACACUCUGGUCGGACUGUCCCGCGGUGAUGCUGAGUUUGUUGAUGCCAUCCAUACAUCCGCCUACGGCAUGGGAACACCCAUUCGUGCCGGCGAUGUUGACUUCUAUCCCAAUGGACCAGCUGUUGGUGUUCCCGGCGCCGACAAUGUUGUUGAGGCAUCUAUGCGUGCCACCCGCUACUUUGCCGAGUCUGUCCGUCCUGGCAAUGAGCGCAGCUUCCCCGCCGUGCCCGCCAACUCGCUCAAACAGUACAAGCAGAAAGAUGGAUUUGGCAAGCGCGCCUACAUGGGCAUCGAUACCGCCUACGAUGUUGAGGGUGACUACAUUCUCCAGGUGAACGCGAAGAGUCCGUUCGGUCGCAACGCUCCCGCCCAGAAGCAGAACAGCUAUCAUGGCUCUCACAAUGCCUGGCAAAACGAGAAGGACUUUUAAAUAUACCUUUAAAAGCCCUCCUACCACCCACAUCCCCCAGAAAAACCGAGGCCAGACUAGAGUCCAUGCCAGGCAAAACGCCCAAAUUGGACAAAAUCGAACGCUUUGUAUGUUGCACCUAGAAGUUAAGAACGAACAAUUUGACAUUUCUCUAAACUAAACAUUUUAGUUGCAAAAUUUAUGGCAAAUAAAACAAAUAGACUCUUUUUUAAUAGAGAGCUCAAACGUA